AGUUGAGGGAGGGAAGGGCAAGAAAGAAAGAAAGAAAGGUGAAAUGGCGGAAGAGGUGUGCGAGGCGGCGAGCAAAGGCGACUUGGAGAAAGUGCAAAGCCUAAUCGCAUCGGGAGCCGACGUUACAUACUUCAACGAAGACGGUUUGACACCUCUAAUGCUCGCCGCCAAGCACGGCCAAGCCGCUAUCGUGAAAAGCCUACUCGAGGCCGGUGCUCCGUGGAACGCCCUCUCUCCCUCCAAUCUAUCUGCCGGUGACUUCGCCAUGGAUGCCGGUCACCAAGAUGCCUUUGACAUUCUUCUUAACACAGGGAUACAAGCAGAACUGAUACUUGGUACAAUUGCAAGAAAAGAAAAUAAAACUGGUGAUUUGGAUGAGAACUACUUAGAAGAUAGAGUUAGUUUUAGUGAGGAUAAGCUCAUGGAUGCUGAUAGCAAGGCUGUUAUGAUGGCCUGGGAGAAGCCAUUAAUGGAAGCUCAUGCAAAGGCCAUCUGCUCAAGAGGCAGAGGUCACAUUCUCAACAUUGGAUUUGGAAUGGGCCUUGUGGAUACCGCCAUACAGCAGUAUGGGCCUGUUACGCAUACCAUUGUUGAGGCCCAUCCUGAGGUCUAUGAACGGAUGCGGGCUUCGGGUUGGACUCAGAAGGAAAAUGUGAAGGUUGUGUUUGGUCGGUGGCAGGAUGUUCUUCCUCAACUUGAGUCCUAUGACGGUAUCUUCUUUGAUACGUACGGGGAAUACUAUGAGGAUCUAAGAGAAUUCCACCAGCAUCUUCCCACUUUACUGAAGGCUGGAGGUAUUUACUCCUUCUUUAACGGGCUUUGUGGAGGUAACGCCUUUUUUCAUGUUGUGUACUGUCAGUUGGUAUCCCUAGAACUUGAGAGUUUGGGUUAUUCAACGCAACUUAUACCAUUGCCCGUUAAGGAUUGUUUGGGAGAAAAAGUCUGGGAGGGUGUAAAACAUAAAUACUGGCAGUUAGAUACAUAUUAUCUUCCUGUUUGCCAGUCUUUGGAAGACACUGAAUGAUAUCUACUUGUUUUUGUUGCAUUUGAGUUAUUGUACUUUUUUCAUGUAUCUGCAUGCUACAUAUCUUUUUUGACUAAAGAAGAUAGCAAGUGGUUCAUUUUCAGUGUCUUUUUAGGUGCUUGGAUUCUGAACUUUAUUCAA